UGUGAUACAGAGCUGAGCAAGUGAGUGAGAAGAUACUAGCGAAUAGUGAUCAUCUUCUUAAUUCACUACUGUACAUUCUAAUUAAUUUCUAAUUACUAUGUAUCAUUUAACUUGUUACUUGUUAAUGACAGAUUUUUCAGCUUAAUAAUGCUUACUAAAAACUGGUGAGCGUACAUUUUAGAACAAAAAAAGGAAAAAGAAAUUUCUGAUAGUGAAGCAACACAAAACUUGGUUCUGCAGCUAAAAAUGCUCCCAAGGACCUGCAUUGUCCUAAUUUCUCUUCUCUGUCAAUUUUCUCCACUUGGUAGAGCAAUGCUCAACCUUACUCUUCCUGGUCAACAUCCCAACCCCGAAGCUGUUGUCCAAGAAGUUCACAGGAAGGUAAAUGCUUCUAUAGCAAGAAGGGAAAUGCUACAAGUCUCUCAGAAAGACCAGGCCACAUGCCAAACAGGGAACCCCAUAGAUGACUGUUGGAAAUGUGACCCAAAUUGGGCCAACAACAGGCAGAGACUAGCAGAUUGUGCAAUUGGGUUUGGCCAAUAUGCUGUCGGUGGCAAGAAUGGUGAAUUCUACCUUGUCACUGACUCCUCAGACGAUGAUGCUGUGAAUCCUAAGCCAGGCACGCUAAGAUAUGCAGUGAUUCAGACUGAGCCUCUAUGGAUUGUGUUUCCCAGCAACAUGCUCAUUAAGCUGUCUCAGGAGCUCAUCUUUAAUAGCUACAAGACUCUUGAUGGUCGAGGGGCUAAUGUGCACAUUGUGGGUGGUGGGUGCAUUACUCUCCAGUUUAUAAGCAAUGUCAUUAUACACAACAUUCAUAUCCACCAUUGUCAUCCGUCAGGUGACACUAACGUGCGGUCGAGCCCAACCCACUACGGCUACCGCACAAAAUCAGACGGCGAUGGGAUCUCGAUCUUUGGAUCUAAAGACAUAUGGAUAGAUCACUGUUCCCUCUCACACUGCAAAGAUGGGCUGAUUGAUGCAGUAAUGGGGUCCACAGGGAUCACAAUAUCAAACAAUUAUUUCUCGCAUCACAAUGAGGUGAUGUUGUUGGGCCACAGCGAUGACUAUUUGCCAGACACAGGAAUGCAAGUGACCAUAGCAUUCAAUCACUUUGGUGAAAAAUUGGUGCAGAGAAUGCCAAGGUGUAGACGUGGCUACAUCCAUGUGGUUAACAAUGAUUACACUCAGUGGGAGAUGUAUGCUAUUGGUGGGAGUGGUAACCCUACCAUUAAUAGCCAAGGCAAUCGCUACACCGCUCCUCUUGAUCCCAAUGCCAAGGAGGUAACGAAGCGAGUGGACACGGAGGAAGGAAAAUGGAAGGGAUGGAAUUGGAGGACAGAUGGGGAUAUAAUGGUGAACGGAGCAAUAUUUGUGGCCUCAGGUCAGGGUGUAGAGGUUAAGUACGAGAAGGCUUAUAGCGUGGAGCCCAAAUCAGCCGUGCUUAUUGACCAGCUCACUAUGCAUGCCGGCGCCCUUGGAGUUGGUGGCAGGGACAACAACUUGGGAAUGUGGAGUACAGGACCCAAUGGUGGUGGAACAGGUUUAGAUUCAGGCCCAGAUUACACGGAUGACUGGUCGGGAAGCAGUGGGCCGCUGUUACCCUCUACUUCGACUUUCUUAUCCCUUUUGAUUGCAUUAUCAUGUUUGUUAUUUUAUAAAAUACCUCCCACUUUUAUGUUAUAACAGGAAAUUCAGUUGUGAUUUUUAUUCUCAAUUAAAACCAUGGUGUGAUCAAAAGUCUCGUAUUCAAUGAAGAUGUCCAAGGUUCAAAUUCU